AUGGUGAGUAAGGAGCCCAGCAAAUGCCUACUCACCGCCUCAGAAAGCGAAGUCGAGCCAGCGGCAUCACUCGCGUUGGAGAUGAAAUACGCACUGGAUCCCAACCGGCAGAUUAAGAAACGGAACAAAGCCCUCCAGGUGAGAUUUAAAGAUAUCUGCGAGGCCCAGAACGAGCAGAGGGACAAGCAGCUGUCCACCAGCCAGGACCCCGACAAGAGAGAAGCCAAGCCCCUCUCCUACAAAGCGGCGUAUCGCAAGUACAUGACAGUGCCUGCCCGGAGGUCGAUACCCAACGUCACCAAGAGCACAGGAGUCCAGACUUCACCCGAUCUUAAAAAGUGUUACCAGACCUUUCCCCUGGACCGGAAAAAAGGGAUUAUCCUUAAAAGCGCCUCGACCGUCGACACCUUUAAGGGUCAAAACAACGGGUUUCUAAUAGACGUAAAGGACAAAGACGGCAGCAGCUCAGGGGAGGCCGCUGGGUGGAGCAGGAAGGCCGGCAGCCUGCAGACGGCCGAGUUCAUCUCCCACAUCAACGAGCGCGCCAACGUGGCAUCUCAUGACGACGGGGACGAGGCCUGGAAAAGCAGCAGUUUGCACAGCUCUCCCAAAGAGCUGCCUCCCCCUCCUCUCCCCAACUCGGCCGACCUCGCCGCAGAGGAGCCCGGCGCGGCCCGGCCGCCCAGCCGAGGGAGAGAGGCGGCGGGGCGGCCGGGCAGCGAGGAGGCCGCCCAGCCCCUCCACGCCAGGCUCUUCAAGACUGAGGUGGCCACCGUUUAUUUGCCGGCGGCCGGUUCGAACGCCUCGCAGCCCGACCUGCCAAACCUCGUGGCCGAGACAGACUGGUCGCCGUGCCCCACGGCCGAGGAGGACAAAAAGAGGACCGUGCACCUGAACGGUGUUCAGCCCCAGGCGGGAGAUGCCCGAGCCUGCUCGUCGCGGGCGCAGUGCCAAGCCCCCGAAUGUAACGAACAGCCCCUUCAGAUGAACGUUUCGCCCAUGGAGGAGAACCAGCCUUGCCAGACGGCCGUCGCCGUGAGCGAGGAAUGCCAACAAAUCGUGCCUCAUACGGAAGUUGUGGACUUGAAAGCGCAGCUUCAGAUGAUGGAAAAUUUGAUUAGCUCUAGUCAGGAAACCAUAAAAGUGUUGUUGGGUGUUAUACAGGAGCUAGAGAAAGGAGAAGCUCACAGAGAAGGGCUUUCAUAUCGGACUGGUCAAGACACGGCUAAUUGCGACACAUGCAGGAACAGUGCAUGUAUUAUCUAUAGUGUGGAACUGGAUUUUAAACAGCAAGAGGAUAAACUCCAGCCCGUUUUGAGAAAACUUCACCCUAUUGAGGAAACUCAGGUUGCACCUUUGCCUUAUUCUCAGGAGAGCUACUCCUCCACUCCCAAGCAAAAAUCCAAAACUGAAUCAAAAAAGCAUGGAAGGUGGAAACUCUGGUUCCUUUAA